CACGAUGCCACUGAGCCACACGGCCUUUCUUUGAGCGCGAUACCCGGUCUUUGUUUGAUGUGUUUGAGCGAUCAAUAGCUGCGCUGCGUCUUUUGAUGUCAUUUCUUUCACCAUAACCGAUAUAGGACCCCGCCAUGACUUCACCAGAGCUGGAGGCCUUUGCAAAGGCGAUAUCGCGAGUGUUGGGCUGGGCAUACUUUCUUUCAUGGUCUGGUAGCUUCUAUCCACAGCCAAUAUCGAACUACAAGCGCAAGUCGACGCUCGGCCUCGCGAUAGACUUCCCCACGCUCAACGUUCUCGGCUUCUGCAUGUACACCGUGUCCACAGCCUCGUUCCUCUACUCGCCAACCAUUCAAGCCCAGUAUGCGUACAGACACCCCGAGGCGCCUGAGACGACCGUGCGCUUCAACGACUUUUUGUUCGCUGCGCAUGGCGCGGUCAUGUGUAUAGUCUGCUAUAGUCAGUUCUACCCGUGGAUCUGGGGCUUCCAAGUCGGAAAGACCCAGAGGGCUAGCAAGGCGAUAUUGGGCAUAUUCUGGGGAUGCGUAGUAGCUAUUGUAUGGUCCGUACUCAUGGUGAAGACGAGAGGGAGAGAUGGUGGUUACGAUGCUGAUACGUGGGCUUGGAUCGACGUGAUCUACGUGCUGGGCUACGUCAAACUGAUCACGGUAAUAUGCAAAUAUAUCCCACAGAUGUGGGUCAACUACAAGCGCAAGUCCACAGUAGGGUGGAGCAUCUAUCCUAUGCUUAUGGACUUUGCAGGAGGUUGGCUUUCGUUGGCACAGCUGGUCAUUGACUCGUCUUUGCAAAACGACUGGACGGGUGUGACAGGCAACCCCGUCAAGUUCGGAUUGUCUAAUGUUACCAUUGUAUUCGAUAUCAUCUUCAUGGUGCAGCACUAUGUUCUCUACAGAGGCUCAGAGCAUCACCUGGACGAUGACGACGAGGAGCUCGCCGCCUCCUGGGAUGCGGAGCGCGAGCGGCUGAUCUCUGAGCGCAUCGCCUAGUUAGUCCGUUCGCGACGACCAAAGCAGCACAUACAUAAAAUGAAAGACAUAUGAACGCCGCAUACGGCCGGGGUCGUCAAACUACUCGGGAAACAUGCCUUGAUACGAGACCAACGAUUCAGCCGCCCAGACGGGUGUC